AUGAAUGGAGUUACUGAAGAUGCAAUUAGACUUCACCUAUUCUCUUUCUCUUUAAGGGAAAAAGCAAAGGCUUGGUUUCAGUCACUACCGUAUGGCUCGAUUAUAACUUGGGAUGAUUUGGCUCAGAAAUUCCUCAUCAAGUACUUUCCACCUUCUAAAUCAGCUCAACUUCGCGGUGAAAUUGGCCAAUUCAAACAACUCGACUUCGAGCUAUUCUAUGAAGCCAGGGAAAGAUUUAAAGACUUGCUUAGGAGAUAUCCUCAACAUGGGUUCCAGAAAUGGGUGCAAAUUGAGAUAUUUUAUAAUGGGUUGAAUGGGCAGACAAGGACUAUGGUAGAUGUAGCUGCGGGAGGCAUUUUAAUGGCUAAAAUAGCAGAGGCUGCAUAUGCUUUAUUGGAUGACAUAGCUACCAACAGUUACCAAUGGCCAAGUGAGAGAUUGAGUGUAAAGAAAGCAGCAGGACUUCAUGAAGUGGAUCCCAUCACAGCACUAGCAGCUCAGGUUGCAUCACUCACAAAUCAAAUAGUCACGCUUACCACUCUAGGAAAUCAACAGAAGGUAGAUUCAGUCAUGAGGCUGAGGAAUCACGAGAACUUGUCAUAUGGUAACAAUAGAAACACACUUCAACCUCCACCUGGAUUCAACAUUCAGAAUUCUGACGGAAAACCACCCUUGGAAGACAUCCGUGGGACAUCCAUUUCUGAGACAAGAUCACGCUUCAACAAAAUUGAAUCACGGUUGGAUAAUAUUGAAACACAUGUGUCCAACAUGGGAGCCACAAUGAAAAAUCUUGAAGUGCAAAUUGGUCAAUUGGCUACCUCAAUGGAGUCUCAACGACAAGGAAAAUUUUCAAAUGAUACAGAAGUCAAUCCAAAAGAGCACUGUAAAGCCGUUGUAUUAAGGAGUGGUAAUCAAGUUGGAGAAAGUGAACCCACCGAAGAUAGCAACCCCAGAAAUGAUAAGGAGAAAGGAUAA